AUGAAGGUGCUCCCUGCAUCUGGCCUUGCUGUCCUCCUCAUCACAGCUUUGAAGUUUUCCACUGCAGCCCCCUCCCUAUUUGCAGCCACCCCCAGGACCUGGAGGAACAACUACCACCUUGCACAGGCAUAUCUUGACAAGUAUUACACAAAGAAAGGUGGUCACCAGGUUGGUGAGAUGGCUACAAGAGGAGGCAAUGCCAUGGUCAAGAAGAUUAAGGAACUGCAAGCAUUCUUUGGCCUCCAAGUCACUGGGAAAUUGGACCAGAAUACAAUGGAUGUGAUCAAGAGGCCUCGCUGUGGAGUUCCUGAUGUGGCUAACUAUCGCCUCUUCCCAGGUGAACCCAAGUGGAAAAAAAAUACUUUGACAUACAGAAUAUCCAAAUACACGUCUUCCAUGAGUCCUGCUGAAGUGGACAAAGCAGUAGAGAUGGCCCUGCAGGCCUGGAGCAGCGCUGUCCCUCUGAACUUUGUUAGAAUAAACUCAGGAGAAGCCGAUAUUAUGAUAUCUUUUGAAACUGGAGAUCAUGGGGAUUCCUAUCCAUUUGAUGGGCCUCGAGGGACUCUAGCCCAUGCAUUCGCACCUGGAGAAGGCCUGGGAGGAGACACACAUUUCGACAAUGCUGAGAAGUGGACUAUGGGGAUGAAUGGUUUCAAUUUAUUUACUGUUGCUGCUCAUGAAUUUGGCCAUGCCCUGGGCCUGGCCCAUUCUACAGACCCAACAGCUCUGAUGUAUCCAACCUAUAAGUACCAGCACCCCUAUGGAUUCCACCUCCCCAAGGAUGAUGUAAAAGGGAUCCAGGCACUGUAUGGACCUCGGAAACCAUUCCUGGGAAAACCCACUAUUCCCCACAUCCCUCCUCACAAGCCAUCCAUCCCUGAUCCCUGUGACUCCAGAUCAUCCUUUGAUGCUGUGACAAUGCUGGGAAAGGAACUUCUGUUCUUCAAGGACCGGAUUUUCUGGCGAAGGCAGGUUCACGUGCCAGCAGGGAUUCGGCCCAGCACUAUCACCAGCUCCUUCCCCCAGCUCAUGUCUAAUGUGGAUGCAGCUUACGAAGUGGCCGAGAGGGGUGCUGCUUACUUCUUCAAAGGCCCCCACUACUGGAUAACACGAGGAUUCCAAAUGCAAGGUCCUCCACGGACUAUUUAUGACUUUGGCUUUCCAAGGCAUGUGCAAAGAAUAGAUGCUGCUGUCUAUCUCAAGGAGCCACAGAAGACCCUUUUCUUUGUGGGAGAUGAAUAUUACAGCUAUGAUGAACGAAAAAGGAAAAUGGAUAAAGACUACCCAAAAAAUACUGAAGAAGAAUUUUCAGGAGUUAGUGGCCAAAUAGAUGCUGCUGUGGAAUUAAAUGGCCACAUUUACUUCUUUUCAGGACCAAAAACAUACAAGUAUGAUACAGAGAAGGAAGAUGUGGUUAGUGUGGUGAAAUCCAGCUCCUGGAUUGGUUGCUAA